AUGGCCGCUGCUCCCCUCCCGGGACAGCAAUACUACUUCUACAACCCAGAGACAGACGUUCAGCCCAGACAAUACGUUGUCUCGCAUCCGGAUAUGGCAGCCUUCCACGCUCCGAUGGCCAUCUACCCUCAGCAACAACCCGUCUUUGCUACUCACCCACAAUUGGCUCCCAAGCUUCCCAUACACUCUCAGAUGAGCAUGACCCCGAUUGCUUCUCCACAGCCAACGCACAUGAAGCCCUCGAUCAUGAUCCAGCAGCAGAAUGACUCUCCCGUUUUGAUGACUUUGGACACCCGAUUCGAUUUCUACAGCUUUCCCUCGACUCCUCCAUUGUCUUCUGCCGGCAGCAGCAUCAGCAGCCCACCUUCCACCUGCGGCAUGAUCCAUACUCCAGUCAAUGGUUCUUUCACUCUGGAGAGCAUGGAAGGCGUCAAAGAAGGCUGUGAAUCAGAAGUCCACGCUGAGAUUCUCGCCAAACCCGAUUGGGGCCGCUCCGACUCUCCUCCUCUUACUCCAGUAUUUAUCCACCCGCCCUCACUCACAACCAACUCCUCCGAUCUCCUCUCCGCCAACAUCUCCUGCCCAUCCCUGUCUCCCUCGCCUUCUCCGGUCCCCACAGGUUUGCUCACUCCUUCGUUUUCUGAGCCUGCAUGCUCCAACUUUUGCGAUCCUCGCCAGUUGACCGUCGAUUCUUCUGUCGCGGCUGCACCUUCAGCCCCUGCGGACCUCCCUCCUCUACCUACUUUGAGCUGCGGAGACGAGGACGAGCACAAGUUGUUGCUCAGUGGUGCAAACCUGACUCUUCCGUCCCAUGAAGCUGUUCAAGUAACCUUUUCCAGCUGCGCCGAAGCUACUCUGCCUACUCUCCCACGCUUCGAUUCGUUCUCGGACUUGGACUCAGACGAGGAGUUUGUGACUGGAAUUGUUGACUUUGCUCCUACAACGGCCAACUCCUUUUUCUUUGGUGACAAGAGACAGCGUGUCGGACCCUACUUGUUGGACGACGACGAAUUCCUUAGUGAGCACAGCUUUGACGACCUGGAUGACGAGGAGCUUUUCAUGCGGUCGGGUUUGCCCACUGUGAUUGUUGAGGAAGCCGAGGACAGCAGCGAUUCAUCAUCUGUCGUGGAUAUGAAGACAAAGAAGCGUAACAGUGCUUCGUCACGGAAGACGAUCCAGAAGAAGCCAUCACUUUCCUCGAUUUCCUCGAUUGGCCACCAGGUGCCUGCUGACAACAACGACAACCAGACACAAAACCAGACCGGCUCUACCCAGAGCAACGGGACUGGCAACAACCCCAAGGCGGAGUCCUCUGCCGCUGGUACUCCUGCCUCGGGCAAAUCCGAAUCCUCAUCGGCGCAGGCGCCAGUGAGCCGUCGUGGCCGGAAGCAGUCCUUGACCGAUGACCCUUCCAAGACAUUUGUGUGCACCCUGUGCUCCCGCCGAUUCCGUCGUCAGGAACACUUGAAGCGUCACUACCGUUCUCUUCAUACUCAAGAUAAGCCCUUUGAGUGCCAUGAAUGUGGAAAGAAGUUUUCACGGAGUGACAACUUGGCUCAACAUGCCAGGACACACGGUAACGGUGCUGUCGUUAUGGGUAUCCUUGACCCUAGCGAAGUUUCUCCUCCUGCCACCCAUAUGUACGAGGAGGACGCCGGUGUGUUGGGAACUGUCCUCUACGAAGCUGCCAGCGCUGCUGCCACACAAUCGACCAGCGAGUCAGGAUCCAGCGUUGAGUCCGAUUCCCCCACCUCUGGAGAUCGUCGACUCAGUCUCAAGAAGCGCAAGCGAGAUGAGACUGUUGCAUAA